AUGACGACACAAGAGUCAAUUUUAAAUUUAUUUUUCUCACUAGAUUUUUUUUGUUUUAUAAGCUAAAAUCCUAAUAGAGACAUAUGACAUAUCUAUCGAGAGAGAAAAAUGAAGGAUACAAUCUCUGUUUUGUGUCUUGUUCUUUUGGUUUCGGUUUUAGAAGUAGCAAUAGCAAAACCGAACUCUGCAAACUUUAUCGAAUGCCUUCACUAUCGGACUAGUCCGAAGAAUCCAGUCACCGAUGCCAUCUUCACCCCCGAUAACACCACCACCUUCUUGUCUUCUUACUUGUCCUACACGAAAAACAAGAGGUACUCGAGCCCUAACCAAAACCUACUAGCCAUCGUGGUGGCAGAACAUGUAUCUCAUGUUCAAGCCACCGUGGUCUGCGCAAAGACCAACGGUAUACAACUCCGUACCCGAAGUGGCGGUCAUGACCUCGAAGCCCUUUCUUACAUAUCCUCUGUUCCAUUUGUCAUUCUUGAUAUGCACAAUCUUAGGUCAAUUACCAUUGACGUGCCACGCAAGAAAGCUUGGGUUCAAGCUGGUGCCACCUUGGGAGAGCUCUACGUAAAGAUCAAAGACGCAAGCAAAACGCUAGCGUUCCCAGCUGGCGUGUGCCCUACGGUAGGAGCAGGAGGGCACAUAAGCGGUGGAGGGUACGGUAAUCUCAUAAGAAAAUAUGGAAUCACUGUGGAUCAUGUCGUUGAUGCUCUAUUAGUUGAUGUCAACGGCAAGCUCUUGAACCGAGCUACCAUGGGAGAAGAUCUCUUUUGGGCUAUCCGUGGAGGUGGGGGUGCAAGCUUCGGAGUUAUCCUCUCUUGGAAAAUUAACCUCGUGGAAGUUCCAAAGAUCAUGACAGUGUUUAGGGUUAACAAAACAUUGGAACAAGGAGGCACUGAUGUUCUCUACAAGUGGCAGCUUGUCUCCACCAAGUUCCCUGAAGAUCUUUUCAUUAGAGCAUGGCCUCAGGUCGUAAACGGAACAAAACAUGGCGAGAGAACCAUCGCGGUUGUGUUCUACGCUCAGUUCUUGGGUCGAGCCGACAAGCUGAUGGCGUUACUAAACAAGAACUUGCCUGGGUUAGGGCUAAAACGUGAAGAUUGUCACGAAAUGAGCUGGUUCGAAACGACGCUGUUUUGGGCUGAUUACCCUGAAGGAACACCACCGAGCGUUCUUCUAGAAAGACCUACGAAUCCAGGAUUCUUCAAAAGCAAAUCUGAUUACGUCAAGAAACCUAUCCCUAAAGAAGGGUUCGAGAAGCUCUGGAAAAAAAUGUUUGAAUUCAAACACACUGUGUGGAUGCAAAUGAACACUUACGGUGGAGUGAUGGACAGGAUUCCGGCCAACGCCACGGCGUAUCCUCAUCGGAAAGGAAACAUGUUCAAGGUUCAAUACUCUGCGACAUGGUUGGACGCAAGCGAAACAGAGACUACCCUUAGACUGAUGAGGGAGCUAUAUGAGGUUGCGGAACCGUAUGUCUCAAGUAACCCGAGAGAGGCGUUUUUUAAUUACAGAGAUAUUGAUAUUGGAAGCAAUCCUAGUGGUGAGACAGACGUGGAUGAAGCUAAGAUCUAUGGUACCAAGUAUUUCUUGGGGAAUUUGAAGAGAUUGAUGCAAGUAAAAGCAAAGUAUGAUCCUGAGAAUUUCUUUAAGAACGAGCAGAGUAUUCCUCCUGUUCGGUUCAUGUAGUAUAAUGUUGAUUACUCUUCCAUCAUAUAGAUACUUAUCAACAAUAAUAAGUUGUGUUCUCAAGAGAAGAAAAUAAUAAUAAGUUACGUGGGCAUUGUUAAUGAACAAAACUGUUCACUCUAAGGUUUUGAACAUUUAAAUUCA